GAUCGACUUUUUGCUUUGACUCGAUUCUAGCAGAUUGUAACACGGAACGAACAUCGCUUGUAAAUCCGCUUUCCUUCAUCAACCAUCACCACAGCGAUGGCGGAGACUUUGCAGCAACUCAUAUUGGACACCUUGGAGUCCUCAUCCACGAUAAAGGACACACGAACACUUGUCAUCCCUGGACAGUCAGACCCUGCAGCAAGUCAGGAUGCUCAAAUCGCCAUUCUUGGAGCGUUAAACUCACUUUUCAGUCGUGAAAUGAUCACGUAUGAUACCCACGAAACACUCUCCCAUGUUCUUACUCCAGAAGGUGCACAACUAGUCCUCGAGGGGUCUCACGAAGCUAGGGUGUGGGCUGCACUUCCUGUCAAAGGAGAAGGUACCCCGGUUACUCCUCUCGAGCUCAAGUCUAGGGUUGGAGACGAGACAGCCAAGGUGGGGCAGGGUCGUGCUUUUAAGAGCGGAUGGAUUGCAAAGGAAGGGAGUGGACUUGUGAAAUCGGCUCUAACCAUUACAGAUACGACACAGCUAGACCUGCGUGAGGUGGAUUCUACUGGGACUCUCCAAAGUGGCGAAAAGGUCCUUGCUGAAUUACGAAAAAGAAAACUUAUCGUCCAACGGAAGGGUCAAUGGUUCUCGGUGCGCAAGGGUGCAAAUUUCAGCACGUCGACGGCAAAGCCUGAGACCGAUCUAACAGUAGAUAUGUUGACUUCGGGAGCGUGGAAGACAUCGACUUUCAAAAAAUACAACUUCGAAGCAGAGGGUAUACCCACUAAUGGAGGUGCACUCCACCCACUCCUCAAAGUUAGAGAGGAGAUUCGAAAUAUCUUCUUGGAGAUGGGGUUCGAAGAGAUGCCGACGAGCGCUUUUGUUGAGUCCGGUUUCUGGUGUUUUGAUGCAUUAUUCGUACCACAACAACAUCCUGCAAGAGACUUGCAGGACACCUUUUACUUAUCAGAUCCAUCUACGUCCCUCGAACCCCCAUCAGACUAUUACAAACGAGUUUCAGAGGUCCACCAGAACGGGGGGUAUGGUUCAUUAGGAUACCGAGCUCCUUGGUCACACGAAGAAUCUCGAAAACUUCUUUUGCGUACGCACACUACGGCCUCCUCUGCUGCGGUGCUUUACAAACUAGCAGGAAAAUGCAGAGGCAAGAAGGUAGACGAUGAAGCUCUUGAUUCUACAACUGGUGGGUCACUGGCUGCGACGGACGACGGAUUCCGUCCGGCCAAAAUGUUCAGUAUCGAUCGGGUGUUCAGAAACGAAACGAUGGAUGCAACGCAUUUGGCUGAAUUCCAUCAGGUGGAGGGAGUCGUUGCCGACCGGAACCUUACACUAGCAGAUCUGAUAGGGUUCAUGAGAGUCUUCUUCAAGAAAAUGGGAAUUGAAAAUCUAAGGUUCAAACCUGCGUUCAACCCCUACACAGAGCCAUCCUUGGAAAUCUUUGCUUUCCAUCCCUACCUGAACAAGUGGGUUGAAAUAGGCAACAGUGGUAUGUUCCGUCCUGAAAUGUUGGAACCGAUGGGUUUGCCAAAGGAUGUACGAGUACUCGGGUGGGGAGUUAGUUUAGAAAGGCCAACCAUGAUUCGUUAUGGUAUUAAUAAUAUCCGAACGCUUGUCGGGCACAAGACAUCGAUCGAGAAUGUUGAGAGCUCCCCUGCUGUCAGGUUCUAAACAAAUAAAUUGUGUAGCAAACUAGACUUUAGGAGGGAUCUUGUAGUGAUAGUCUUGUAUCGUUUAUCAUAGGUGUAUGAGACAGAAGUUUGAAGUCAAGUAUAUGUUCGAUCGGG